AAAACAACACUAAAAACAUCCAUCCAGUUUGGUUAUUAAGAAGAGAUCAACAAAGAUGGAGAAAAUAUGCUGAAAAUGUCAUUUGGCCUGCUUUCCAUUAUAUUAUGGGGUCUGCAAGUGAUGGGAAAGAAGAAUCUCAAUGGUGGUAUGAUUAUGUCAAAUUCAAUGAAGCUUAUGCUACAAAGAUUGUUCAAACUUAUAAAGAGGGUGAUAUCAUUUGGAUUCAUGAUUAUUACCUCUUAUUAUUACCUCAAUUGAUUAGAAUGCAUUUACCAAAUGCAAUUGUUGGAUUUUUUUUACAUUGUCCAUUCCCUUCAAGUGAAUAUUUCCGUGCAUUACCAAAAAGACAACAAUUAUUGGAUGGUUUAUUAGGUGCUAAUAAAGUUACUUUCCAAAAUUAUUCAUUUGCAAGACAUUUCAUUAGUUCUUGUAAACGUCUGUUGGGAUCGGAGACUACACCAAAUACAGUUAGUGUUUAUGGUAAUACAGUUUCUGUGGAUUCUUUACCAAUUGGUAUUGAUGUUGCCAAGAUUGAAUAUGAUGCUUUUAAUAAAGAAAUUGAUACAAAAGUUCAAGCUAUUAAAGAAUUAUAUGGUCAUAAGAAAUUAAUUGUUGGUAGAGAUCGUUUAGAUUCCGUUAGAGGUGUUGUUCAGAAAUUACAAGCUUUUGAAGCUUUUUUGGAAAUGUAUCCUGAAUGGAGAGAUAAAGUUAUAUUGAUUCAAGUUUCUUCACCAAGUUACUUACACUCUCAAAAAAUUGAAAAUCAAGUUUCUGAAUUAAUUGGUCAAAUUAAUGGUAAAUUUGGUUCUUUAAAUCAUACUCCAGUUCAUCAUUAUCAAAUGAGAAUUGAUAAAUCUGAAUAUUUUGCACUAUUAAGAGUUGCUGAUUUAGGUUUGAUCACUUCAGUUAGAGAUGGUAUGAAUACAACUGCAUUAGAAUAUGUUGUUGCUCAAAAAUUUAACCACUCUCCUUUAAUUCUUUCAGAAUUUAGUGGUACUGCAAGUGUUUUAAAAGAUGCUUUAAUUGUUAAUCCUUGGGAUUCCGUUGCAGUGGCUAAAACUAUUCAUGAAGCUUUAAAUUUCGAUGAUGUUAGAAAAAAUCAUUUACAAACAAAUUUAUCAAAAGAUGUUGUUUCAAUUCAAAAUUGGACAAAUCAAUUCUUGAAAAGUUUAUUACAAGGUAUUGAAGGUGAUAAUAAAAGAAAAUUAACACCUGCUUUGAACCGUCCUUUAUUAUUGGAACAUUAUAAACAUUCAAACAGACGUUUAUUCUUGUUUGAUUAUGAUGGUACUUUGACUCCAAUUGUUAAAGAUCCAGCAGCUGCUAUUCCUUCAGCAAGAUUAAUUAGUAUUCUGAAUAAACUAUCAGAAGAUCCAAAAAAUCAAAUUUGGAUUAUUAGUGGACGUGAUCAAAAAUUCUUAGAGAAAUGGUUGGGUCAAAAUCCUCAUUUAGGUCUUUCUGCUGAACAUGGUUGCUUUAUGAAAGAUAUUAAUUCAUCUUGGGUUAAUUUAGCUGCAAGUGUUGAUAUGUCAUGGCAGCAAAAAGUUGAAGGUAUUUAUACCAAGUUCACUGAUAGAACACCAGGAUCAAAUAUUGAAAAGAAGAAAGUUGCAUUGACUUGGCAUUAUAGAGGAGCUGAUCCUGAAUUGGGUGAGUUCCAAGCCAGAGAAUUAGUUAAGGAAUUGGAGGAAACAAUUGCAAAAGAAUAUGAAGUUGAAGUUAUGACUGGUAAGGCAAAUGUUGAAGUUCGUCCAAGUUUUGUUAAUAAGGGUGAAAUUGUUAAAAGAUUAACUUUAACAAGACAUGGUGCCCCUCAAAAGAAUGGUAAUGUUGAUGAUUUAAACCAUAAACAUGAAGAAUUACCUGAUUUUGUCUUGUGUGUUGGUGAUGAUGCCACUGAUGAAGAUAUGUUCAAAAAAUUGGAAGCAAUUGAAAAAGAUUGGGAAGCUGAUGAAGAAUUCCAAAAACAUGCAAAAUUUGGUAAUUUUGGAUUUUAUCCUGUUAAAGUUGGUCCAGCUUCUUUACCAACUGCUGCUACUGCUCAUUUGAGUGAUCCAAAUCAAGUUUUAGAAACUUUAGGUUUGUUGGUUGGUCAAGUUUCAUUAUUCGAAAGUGCGGGUACAGUGGAAUUAGAUGAUAGAGGUCAUAUUAAAAAUAGUGAACAAAGUCAAAGAUCAGAAGCUGCUAUUGUUGCUGCUCGUCUCAAGAAAACAAAUUCAACAUCUUCUAGAACCUCAAACUAGUUCUGUCAUAUUAUUAUUUUCAAUUCUUAUUUUGCAUACUUUUUUAUUCAAAAUUGUUUUUUACAAAUUGUG